AUGAGUGCAAAUGUGCCUGAAAACAAAUUAGUUGAGCAGCUAUUCCUAGAUGUCUCUAUCCAAGACGUCCUUGGAAAGGAUGCUAGAAUACAGGGGGUAGAGCCAUGGGCCAGCAUGUACGUUGAUGCUAUACGUGAUGGAAGAUUUGGUGACGCUAUAUGGGCACGCUAUCAUCUUUUUGGUGAAGUGGAAAAUGGGAUCGUCAAAGGCUCAAACAACAUGUCUGUGCUUGAUGUUAUCAAGGAAGAUGCAUUAGGAUACCGAGUGGGUGAACCGGAGCAAUACGCCAAGGCUUUGUCAUUCUAUGCGACAAGUAGUAGUGCAGAUGGGCAUGCCGAUGUGAUUGAGAUGAUUAGUAACCUUGCGGAGGAAGACAACAAUCAGCUGAAGGCUAAGCUUAGAGCUGAACUUGAGGCUGAAUAUGCAAGUGUGCGUGAGGAGUAUGAAGAACGAUUGCGGGCUUAUCAAUAG